AAAAUUGAUGACGUCAAACGAAAUGUCAUUUCCUUUGUGACGUCUUUCUAAGUUUUCAGGGUUUUUUCAGGAGUUUUGAUUAGAAAUCAAUGAAACAUGUUUGGUUUUAUGUUUUCUUAAUAAAUUUUAACAUAAGCAAAGCUUAAAAUGGAUACACCCGGUGAAUACGAAGAAAAUGAAUUCCCUAUCUGGCAAGAACCUCGGUGUGAGCCCUUGGGAGCGCCCAAGGAGACACUAUGCGACGAAAACUCCCCCGAGCAGGCACAAGGCGACAGGCUACACGCUCUGGAAGAAGAACAAGAAAUCUUAUCCUCAUCAGUGUUUUCCCUGACCUCACAUUUAGCGCAAGUAGAGUUUCGUUUACGACAAAUUUUGAAAGCCCCGCCGGAAGAGAAAGAUGAAAUGCUCAAAGCUCUCGAAGAGUUCACAUCACGCGGAGUCCCUGAUUCACGAGCUGCUCCUCAAGGCAGCUCGGGGGACGCAUCAUGUGGUGAAUGUGUUGAACUUGAAAGGAAAAUAACGCGACAGCGCACGAAACAGGCACACUUCAUCGAUAGGCUUAAAACACAACUGAAAGAACUAGAACGUUUUGCAGCUGACCCUGGCAUGCCAACCGACAGUAGACAUAGGUCAUUGAUUGACCAUUUACGAACUGAAAUAGACCAAAGCCUUGAAGAAGGGUGUCAUCAACCGCUUACUGCAGAGGAACUCAGGCAUCAAAUCAACUGUGCAGUCCGCCAGUAUGCAGACAGACAGCUAUCCAAAGAUGAAAUAAUCAGUAAACUACAAGCACACAUAGAAGACAUGCAGAAAUUCAUAAAACUAAUGAAAAAUGAAGAACUUAAAAGCUCUAAACUGGCACCAGAAACAAAAAAAGUUGGAAAAUCAGAAAACUUUGAGAAAAACUUCAACAAAAGUAAAAACAAUGAUGAUUUGAGAGCUGAAACGAUUAAUUUGAUGAGGAAAGCUUCCACUUUAAUUCAGAUUUUUACUGUGUCACAGUUUGGUUGCUCUCCCAACACUAAUAGAAGGUAUGAUGGGAAAUCAUCAACUACAGUUAGCCAUUGGGGUAAUUUACGAGCCCGGCUGGAGAUGUCUGUAGAUGGGGUUCUCCAUUUAGUGUCAAGAGAUAGACCAUCUCACACCAUGAUUGACAACUAUGACAGUGAAUCUGAAGAAGGUGGCAUUGUCAUCAACGAUGCUCCUCUUACAACAGCUGUUCGCAGACAUUUAGCUAUUAAUUUACGUGAUUUAUUGCACCAUGGACUCACUGGGCCCGAAUCUAGCUCCCUUGUUCCUAUAAUUGGGUGCUUUCCAGUACGCAGAUCUUCCACCUCCAGAGCUACACACGUCUGGGAACUAAUCCUCCGCUAUUAUGAUCUGAAUGAUGGUGACAGGUUUAAUUCUACUCCUGCCAGAAAAUUAAGUCAAAGCUUCAAUUUGGAUAUUGUUGGAGGGACAGCUAUAACUAAUAAGCAAAGUUUGUUGAGUGCUAUUGGCAGCAUAGUUGCCUCUCACACACCAUACAAAAGGAGUUAUGAUGCUCAUUUCAAAGCCUUCGUUUGUGCCGCAUUAAACGCUCACAAACUUGUUAUCUGGUUAAAUAUCAUUUUGAAAAGCCGGUCAUUGAUUGAUGCAUACUAUUCAUCUACUAGCUAUGUUGUCAACACUGGUUUCCAAGAUGCCUUGCAAAGUUUAGACCGCUUAACUCCUUACAAUUUUGAAUUGCCUGUCGACCUUGCUGUCAAACAGUUUCAGAAUAUCAAAGAUGUAUUUAUGUAAUUAAGUAAUUUUUUAAGAGUACAAUUUUUAUACAUAAUGUUCACUGUUUUUGAAUGUGACAAGAGGCUAUGACAAUUGUGAGUGGAAAUUAUUUUUCUUGGAUUUGUAUAACGCUACAAGUUAAAAAUACAGGGGAAUCUAUGGCUAGUUGUUGGUGUAAAAGUAGCAUCUUGUCACAUAAAUGAAAGCAGGCUUAUGAUGCCUUCCACAAUAUCAAACCAUGCUAAAUGCAUUUACUGUAGUUUAGCUAGUCUAUGUAUGAUCUGAAUAGUCAUUAGUUUUAUCUAUUUAGUAACUAUCUUUUAGUUACUUAAAUUGAAAAUUAAUUUAGAAUUGGUCUGCACACAAAUUAGUCAUGAAUUGAGUUAUUGUUAGAACCUGAAGACUAUGUAAAUUGAGAGCUCUCUAAUGAGUAAAAAAAUGUGUAUUUGUUAAUGCUAAUUCCAUGGUUAUGGAGGACCAUUUGCGAGUCUUUUAGCAGAUAACUAAG